AUCAAUUCCCAGAGCACUGAGAAUCAUUUAAAAGAAGCUCUUGGUUUACAAGAACAUUACAGAAGGACUUCUCCACUGCAGGUUUGUUAGUAGUUUUCUUUCUCCCAAGUCAGCUUGAGCUCUAUCCAGAACCUGCCCAUACAACUGAAGCUGGAUGAGGAUGUUGUGGCUUUCAUUUCUGCUGAUUGGACACAUUGCCUGUGGCCCUAUUGGACAAGACUAUAGAUCAAACAAGGCUGACCCAACCUUGAUGCAGGAGCCAUCUUCCUCUGGGUAUUGGUACAGUGGAACAGGGAUGAGUUCUGGCCCGGGCAGUAGCUCCCCUCUACCAAGUCUCACCAACCCAAGCUUUAAUAAAGCUGCUGAACUUCCUGCUCCUCAAGAUGCCAUUUACUAUAGCCCCAGCAGCUACGGCAGCUCCAACAGCCCUGAGGUCGCUCCAUAUGGGGUUGCCUAUGCAGCUUCUCCGUAUGACACUGGUGCUCCAUCUGGCGGCUAUAGUGGAGGCUACGGUAGCUCAGCUGGUGUUUAUGGAGGUUACGGGUAUGCUCCAGCCCCUCAAGAUGAGGGCUUCGGAUCUGUUGGUAGCCAGGGUGCUGGCGACGAAAUCUCUGAGCCCGUCUUCAGUGACGUGUCUGAUCUGGAGCCCGUGUACUCCUUCAGCUCUCGCUCAAACUACCAACGAGGAAAAGCCAUAUUUGCCCAAACCCGCUACACCCCAGGAGAGCCCGUUGCCCCACUCAUGCCAGUAGCCAAAAGCAUCAGCAAAACCGCUUCGAAGCAGCGCAGUCCUGCUAAAGCUACAGCAAAGGGUCGUUACCACUGAUCUCUGAGCUCAGUGCUCCAUCAGUGGCUUUACUAGCAUGGACACUAUCUGUUCCGUGGGGCUUGUGCUGUAGACCAACAUGAAGGUCUUUGAAGUUCAGCGAAAUAAACAACUGGUGACAAAA